UCCCCAUCCAAACGAAACGGGGUUAGGAAUCCCAUCCAAUAUCGUAUGCCCAACAAAAUCGGUCUGUCGCAUUCUAUCUGCGCGGGGAAAGUUUGCUCGUUCUUCCGUUGCUCGUUCCUCGUUACUGCAGUUCAAUUCCCCCAGACGUCAAUAUGCAGGCCAGCGACAGGUUUAACAUCAAUUCCCAGCUUGAGCACCUUCAAGCUAAAUAUGUCGGUACUGGGCAUGCAGAUUUGAAUAGAUUUGAAUGGGCAGUGAACAUUCAACGAGAUAGCUAUGCAUCAUACGUUGGCCAUUACCCCAUACUAGCGUACUUCGCUAUUGCAGAAAAUGAAUCAAUUGGGAGAGAGCACUACAACUUCAUGCAGAUCUGAAGGACUUGAUAUGAUAUACUUCACAGGGGGGAAGACACUUGGCUUUGUUUUUUGCUUUAGCCAGAUAAUAAGUUCGCCGAGUUAUGCCUAGUUUGUUUACUCACUGUCAUAUGACAUAUUUCGAAAUGCUGUUUAAGAUUGCUUAUUUGGUUGACGUCAUGAUAAGUCAGGAUGGCUUGUGAUUGUGGUUGAAAAAACUGUAAAGUUCGCCAAGUCUGUUUACUCACUGUCAUAUGACAUAUUUGGAAAAGCUGUUUAAGAUUGCUUAUUUGUUUGGUU